AUGGGUCUUAACCGUGGUCUAACUUGGGCUCUGCUCAGCACUUUGAUGCUAGAGCCAGUCUUCGGAAUGCCAAAUUUCUCUCACUUGUUUGGACGAGACACCGCAUCGACAACCACCACAGCGGCCGACGCGGCAACCACCUGUAAUGGCCGCACGGAGUACUGCACGCGCUCCUACUCAAAUAUUACCUUCAUAGGCUCGCAUGAUUCAGCCUUCGUUGGGUCUCUCCCGCAGCAGAACCAAGACAUCGAUAUUACCGCCCAGCUAGACAUGGGUAUCCGGUAUCUACAGGCUCAAACACACAAGUCACUGUUCGACGACAAGAUCAUAGAGCUGUGCCACACGUCCUGUCUUCUCGAAGACGCAGGAACACUUAAGGCAUACCUUACUACUAUCAAGGGCUGGCUUGAUGAUAACCCCAAUGAAGUGGUGACAAUUCUUUUGACGAAUGGCGACUCGUUGGAUAUCUCUCUUUUCGGCAGCACGUUCGUCAGCGCCGGAAUUGAUAGCUACGCGUUCGUUCCCUCGUCUGAGCCCUUGGCUUACGCCGAUUGGCCUACUUUAGGUGAUCUGAUUGACAGUGGAAAGAGACUGAUCGCGUUUUUGGAUUACGGCGCCGAUACCAGUACGGUAGACUACAUUCUGGAUGAAUUCGCAUACUACUUCGAAACACCUUACGAUGUAACAGACGCGACCUUCUCAAACUGCAGCAUCGAUCGACCUGCCGGUGCCUCCGCUUCGGGUCGUAUGUACCUCGUUAAUCACUACCUAGAUCGGGAUAUUCUGGGCAUUGAUAUCCCGGACCGUGAUGCAGCAGCCACUACGAAUGCCGCGUCUGGAGGCGGCAGUCUUGGAGCACAGGCAAAAGAGUGUGAGGCGCUGUAUGACCACGCGCCGAAUGUAAUGUUGGCAGACUUUGUGGAUAAAGGAGAGGUUAUUGAGGCACAGAAUGAUUUGAAUGGGUUUAGCUCGUAA